UGCAUGUAGACAGGGGUUCCGCUGUCGAUCGCCAUUGGCGCCAAAUGGCGCUAAAUUUUUAAAUGUGGCUCCGAUUUUUUAAAAGUGGCGAAUUUCAAAAAAUCGGUAAAAUCCUAUCCGAAAAUGUACUGCGAGUCGAAAGCACGCGACCGAGCAUUAGCGGCCAGCGUCUGUCAGUUGUAAAUAUUGAUUUACGACGAUGUAAGCGACCUACAGUGCAGAGUGCAUUAGAAAUCACCGAAGCGUGUAAGUGUUACAAACGGUGUUUUUACUGCUAUUGUCAAGUUUUAUGGGGGUUAUUAUCGGAUUAACGGCUCCUUUAUGAUAUUGAGCAAUAAGUUAAGUAACACGGGGACAAACUGUCACGACGAUCAAUAAUUAUAAUGAUUAUUAGGGCCGCUAUUUCUUUGUUAAAAUCAAAACCAUGGGGCUGGCAAAAGCAUUUAAUUUCUCCACAUCAACAAAUAAAAACUUGUUUCAACAGGUAUUUGUGAGCAUUUCUGUUUAAUAGAUUCAUUAUUGUAAUGUUCUGGGAAGGAUAUAAAUUGGUUAAGAUAACAACAAUUUCUGAAUUAAAUAUAAAACAUUCACUCGAUGUACUAUAUUUCGGAUAUGUUAAAUUCGGACAUUUAAAGAUAGGGACAUUUAUGUGUUGGUUUGAUGUUGAUAGUUUGUAAAAAUAUGUUUUAUGUUAUUUCAGGCAACUAGAAUGGAUUGUGGCAAUUAUCUGGGCCUUUCUGUCAGGAAAAAGGCGUGAACAACAGUCCUUUAAUUGAACCUGGAAAUCAUCCACCACUAACAGAAAACUUGUUAACAACAGAAGCUGAUGUAUAUCAUGUCCAAAUGACCAAAUAUAACUGUUAAACAAUUUGAAGUGGAAUAACCGACAGUGUUCACGCCGCGAAAAAGUGGCGACAACUUUUUUGGGGCCAGUGGAACCCCUGUGUAGACCUAUAUGUAUGCAGAGCUCCAGAUAAGAUGAGUCGUAACCAAAAGAACCUUAGCCUUGCGGCUGCAUUUGAUGAUCUGAAAAGAAAUACACGAGUUCUUUCAAAGGGGAUAGAGAAAGAAUUUCAAACGUUUGUUGAGAACCAGCAGUCAUGUAGACGUCAGUGGGCGGCUGCUGAGAGUGAGGUGUUUAGGCUGAGGAAGGACAUCCUCAACCUUGAAUCCAACAACAAGGCCCUCGACAACAAACUGAAACAUGUCAGAGAUUUGUUUGAGAAGAAGGAGCAAAAGAUGAUCAAGCUGGAGCAGGAUAAAGAACAAGUGGAGCGACAGAUAGCGUUGAUUCGAGAACUGCUGGUUGAUGGCAACACUGGAAGUCACCUGGACCAGUAUGCGCGCGAGAGACUGGCCUUCCUCAGCACUACAGGCCUGCCGUCAAGGGAUAACUCACCCGUCAAGGCACGCCGAAGUGUAAACAACCAGUCCCAGCACUCUGUACUGGAUGAUGAGGACAUAGACUACUGGGACAAGACAGAGGAGGACCUCAUAUCACCAUGCAACGGGCGCCGGCGCAGCAAGCGGCAGGGAAAGAGGCCCUCCGCACCGCCAGAGGAGGAGAUGAACCUCACACCCCCUAAGAGACAGAAAGCAUAUGAGAACGAGGUUGUCACGACGACCACCAUCACAGUGACAUCAGAUGGUCGGCCCAUAGAGGCCACCACGGAGGUGUCUGUACCCAAUGGGGCCGGGGGCAGGAAGAGCAUUGGGGGACGUACCUUGAACAAGAGCUUCAGUGAACCCGCCUUGGAUAAACACCUUAAUGGAGCAGAUAGCGAAGCAGACUCUGAUGUGGAUCCUUGGACACCAAUGGCAGACAACCAGAACAGUAAUGCUACCAGGGGCGCACCAAGGACACCUAGCACUCCAGGCCUUAGGAAGGCUCACUCAGCCAGCCGUGGCUUGAACAGGAUCCACUUCUUCAUAUCAGAAACAGUCAUCAGACCCAGGACCUGUGUGCCGUGUGGAAAAAGAAUUGGUUUUGGAAGAAUGGCCAUGAAGUGUAAAGAGUGCAGGUCGAUGUGCCACCCAGAGUGCAAGGACAAUCUUCCCCUGCCCUGCAUCUCUGCCCCACCCACCCCUGGAGGCACAGGAAAGACACAGUCGGGUGUGCUAGCUGACUAUUGUAGAGAUGAGUCACCCAUGAUUCCAGGCAUUGUGAUCCACUGUGUGAAUGAGAUCGAGGCCAGAGGUUUGCAUGAGGUUGGAAUCUACCGAGUACCUGGGUCUGAAAGACAAGUGAAAGAACUGAAGGAAAAGUUUUUCAGAGGAAAAGGAAUGCCCAAUUUGUCCAGUAUAGACGACAUCCAUGUGAUCUGUGGUUGCCUGAAGGACUUCCUCAGGGGUCUUAAAGAGCCCCUUGUCACCUUCAAACUGUGGAACAUGUUUGUCAAAGCAGCAGAGAACCGUGACAAGGCGAUGUCCCAGUGUGAGCUGUACCAGGGCCUGAGUGAGCUGCCCAGGGCUAACAGGGACACCAUUGCUUUCCUCAUGCUGCAUCUGCUCAGGGUCUCUCAGACCGCAGACUGCAAGAUGCCAGCCAACAACCUGUCGCGAGUGUUUGGCCCCACCCUGGUGGGUCACUCCUGUCCUGAGCCUGAACCCGCUCAGCUGAUCAGUGAGACCAAGUACCAGGCAAUGGUGAUGGAUCGGCUGUUUGAGAUCCCAGAGGACUACUGGAUCAACUUCAUCAGUGACGAUAAUGAGAACAUGUAUGGGACCAAUGUUCAGACACCAGAACCAUCACGAGCCCAAUUGCUGGAGAGCCGCCUGGGCCCAGUGCACACGCCUGCCUCCUAUGAAAAGAGUCGUACCUGGACCACCAGGAACACAUUCACUCCCAAGUUUGGAGACCGAACAGCAAACAUCACCAAGAAGCCCAGCCAUUUCUUUGCCUCUCCUUCAAUUGAAUAAAAGCCAGACGUGGGGAAUGCAUGCCUGUUCUUUUAGUUAGCCUGAUCUAUGAACAGUAUCUAGUAUCAUGUUAAACAUUAACACCUGUUAUAUUGAAUUUGUGGUCUAUUGACCAUUUUGUCUGGAUUUUUUAUGUUGUUUUAAUGCCAAUCAUUGAACUUGCAAAUUGUAAGGUGUUGCUUUGGGAUAAGUAGCCUUAAGCAAGUUUUAAAUUAACACAAUUGUUUACAUUCUAUAUUCAGUGUAGUUAAUUUGGUUUGAUAGAAAAAAUAAUGUUUGUUUAGAUUCUUACAAAUCCAAGCUAAAUCAAAAUUAUUUCAAUGGUAUAUUUAUAAGAUGCAAUUUAUUCGGUUGGAAUAUUAGGUAUGCUAUAAUUUACAAUUCUAUUUCAUGUAUAUCGGCUAGUUUGCUUGUAAAUACUGUGGGUGGGCUGUGUUGUACAUGUAUAAGGGCAGCACUGCCAUAUUUAGACAAUUUGUCAGGAGACUUUACCUCAUUGUGGUGAAGCAGUGUACAUAGCAAAUUUAUAAUAAUAUAAAGAAGUUAAUAUCUGCUUACAUUAGUGUGAAUUAUUUAGCUAGUGUAUAUAUUUAGGUGUUACUUUUGUAAGUGAAGAUAAUGAUUUUUAUUUAAAACCAUAUGCAUUAGAAUGUUUAUAUUCUUGACUCAAUUUAUGGUAGAUCCUUAACAUCUAUAGUGAAUAAGAUAACUUUUCAGUUUUACCUAAUAUACAUGUUUCAAUUGUUUUUUAAUUGUGUGACUGUGCAAAUAAUAUAUUAUCUGCCCUUGUUAUAGUGAUCUUUUUAUUUACCAUUAAAACGAAGUGUAAGAAACAAUACAUAUACUCUUUUCACCCAUAUAUUUUCUACGUGUUGGUUGAAUCAAUAAGAAAAAUGUAUUCACUUAUUUGAACACAUCAAGUCUAAAUUAAUAAUUUGGUGUUUAAAUAACAGGCUAUAUUGCUCUUGUAAGUCAAUUAAAUCUAUUUUUUGUGAAGCUGUAUAAGUACCAUGUUUAUUUGACUUUAUUUUUCAUUUGACUUGUUUGGUAUGUUUUAAGGCAGUAAGAGUUCACAUCUCUUUGUCCAUAUACAAACUUGUUAUCAUGUCUGUUCAAGAACUUCAGUGAAGAUUUCGAGUUUAGUGAGCUCAUUUUUAGCAGUGACUGUGAAGAUGUCUCUUGUUUUAAAAUAUUUAAAUAUUGUCUGUAAAAAUGGUACAAUCGUUUUGCGUUGGUCAGUGUUUUAAAAGUUGUUGUUAAACUAUAUGAACAUAUUUUUUUAAUGGUUGCCUUACAACUUUUAAAUACUAGGACAUUCAUUGCUGGGGAGAUUUCAUCACUCUUGGGACAAGAUGUUAUUUAAUAAGAAUGUCCAUAUUUGAUGUUUUCUUGGCUAAUGAUUAUCAUAAAUGAUUAAUAUAAAGAAGUAGGACACAUAUCAAAUUCAUUGUCUGAAUUCAUUUUGCAUGCUCCUGAAAGUGUUUUUUUUACAUAGAAUCAGAUUUUGUUGGAUAUAAAAAAGCAAUUAUUUGUUAAAAUCAAAAAGUAAGAACAAUCAAUAUGUUAUUAAAAGUGUUAUUUUAUUGCAAAUAGUAAUGAAAUUCAUGUUUUAUUUCGCAGCAUUGAAUAUUGGGAGUGAAACAUUUGAUGUUACAAACAGGUUACAUAUAACAGUAUUUAACAACUUUUUUCAAUAAUGUUGUGAAAUUGACAGCUCCCCAUGUUUUAAGAUAGUGUAUGUACAUGUAUGAUAUAUACAUUAAAUAUAGUCCUGUUGAAUUAAAAGACCCUGCUCUAUUUGUUUCUGGUCUUCAUUAAAUCGAUUUACAAACUUCUUUGCACAUUUUCAUCUUGAACCCUCUUAUUGUAUGUUGAAUGUUUAUAAAGCUGUUGUAAAUAUAUUUUCCACCAUUUCGUAAAUGAAUAUUUGUGGUAAUUUUUUUUCUCAACACUUAAAUAAUAAGGUGUAUUUAUUGGUGUACAAUAUUACAUUUUGCUAGAUUUUCAUGUGUAUAUUAGUUUCGGCAAAUUAUUUAAAAAUUAAGUUCAAUAUAUUUUUCAUGUCCCCUAUUACUAUAGUGGGGGACAUAUUGUUUUUGCCCUGUCUGUUGGUUUGUGUGUUUGUUUGUGUCAAACUUUAACAUUUGCCAUAACUUUUGCAAUAUUGAAGAUAGCAACUUGAUAUUUGGCAUGCAUGUGUAUCUCAUGGAGCUGCACAUUUUGAGUGGUGAAAGGUCAAGGUCAUCAUUCAAGAUCAAAGGUCAAAUAGACAGCUUGAAAGCGGCGCAGAAGGGGACAUAGUGUUUCUGACAAACACAUAUCUUGUUUACUUGGGUAAUUCAUUUGAUAUACAAUUCAUUGAAACCCUCAGCAUUAUUGUUGUCUGUUUGAAUGUCCAUGUAUGUAAAAUAAUAAGUAAUGUUACUGAUUUGCAACGUUAAUAUUCUUGCAUUAAACAAAUGUAUGUUGGUUUGUUGGCCGAUUUUUUAUGUACGCUCAUAGUCGAAAGCGGCAUAAGAAGAAGAAAAUAUGUACUCAUCUGAUUUUUUUAGUGUAACGUUAAAAUAUGUAUAACGACAUUACAUAUCAUACAAAUGCAAUUUUCUGUUUAUGUUUGCUUUUUAUAAUAGUUUAUUUACAUCUAAAAGUAAAUGAACCAGUAUUUAUCGGUAAUAAUAACGUCAUGACCUCUUAAAAAGGAACCCAUUACACUGUAACACAAUUUUAAUUAAUAAGUGGGCUUUUGCUUGUGGAUGUUGUGAUCUAUUUUCAAACAAUUUGAAGCGUAUUGUUCGGUGUACACUUACAGGUUAUUUCAUAGCGCCGUUGUGACAGCUAUCCCUGGUGGCACACUUGAUUAGUAACGGCCCCAGGGCUCUACCACACUGUUCUGCAAUCGUUUCAUUUUACAAAUCUUUUCAUUUUUAGUUUUGAACAAAGAUGAAGAUUUAUUUAAUCCUUUUCUGUGUUUUUUUAGGGAAAUAUCAGUGAUUUUUAAAACGAGAAUUCACUGGUUUCGACAGGGGAAAUUAUCGAUUAUUUUCGGUUUUAUCAGUGAAUUGACGUUGUUUUUUUACAUCAUGUUGUUUUGUCAGCUGAAUUCUCAUGUAUAACUCUUUUAGUGUAAAUAAACGAAGAAUGUUGAAAAAACAUCAAAAAAAGAAAUUGUUUAAACUGAUCAAUAAACACAACCACGAAGCACAGUCAUUUUUUCCUUAAACGUAAUGACCUGUUAAUAACGACGCCAUUUCAAUGUAACACAGUGAAAAUAAAUAACAACAUUAUCAUUGCUUCGUUUUUGUGAGAAAAUAUUCAUUUCUGUGAUCACUCGUGAAUUAAAAUCGAUGAUUUACCGAAAAUUGACCCAUUUCAUUGUUUGAUUAAAAUUUAUAAUAUAUGGGAUGUACAGUUUCGCUGUAAUAAUGACGCCUUUACAUAAGAAAACGACGCUAUUACACACUGAAAUGAAGAAGAUAUUGAUAUUUUCACUGUUAUUCUUCACUUUUUAAAACAGUGAUUUUUCGCUUUCAAACCACUGAUAUUUCCCUACACUCAACUAAAAGGCAUUGAAUAAAAUUAAUGCAUCAUCACUCGUGAAUUAAAAUCGAUAUUUUGCCGAGCACAACGUAUUCUCGAUUUAUUUAUACCAUGAUUUUGAAAUGCAAUCGGCGGUUUAAAUAUAGAUAUAAUAACUUGAUUGCUGCUCUUUAACUGUCAGAUUUCCGGAACAAAUUAUAGUGAUUCAAUCGUUAAAACGGUAUGUGUUGAUGGCGUUCAUCUUACAAGAAAAUAACAGUUUGGUUGCGUUUUCGCGAAAUGACGUCACAAUUACUUCCCAGUGGCUCUUCGCACAUUAUGGAUUUUUUACAUCCGCCGAGCGUGUUCGAGAUCAACGGCAUAAUGCCAUAUUUUCGACAUGAUUUGUAUUAUUUAUGUAUGCAUAUCGGUAUUCAAUAAUAUGAAUUAUAUUCUAACAUGUAUUGUACAGUGGUUGUAGGUUUCUUUUUAUUAAGUGGUCGAAAAGUUUGCUGUAUUAGUAUAUAUGUAACUGUAUCAAUUCUCACCAUGUAAUCACUUGUUAUCAUUUGAUAAGCUCAUAUGCUUGCAACAUUUGUUUUCCAUCUGAUUGUCUGCUUUGUGUUUUAUUUCAUCAGUUUCUGCACUGAUUUUCUAGCUUUUAUCCAUGAUUUUACGUUGUCAUCCUUCUUUACGUAUUUUAUACAAUAAAACUUUUACAAUUUA